UGUGGUAGUUUUAAUGGCUACCGAUCGGUCUUCCUGGUUAGCUACCAGCGGCUAUGUCAAGUCCAUGUAAAGGUCAUGAAUCCCCAACUGCGUAGAGUAUAAUACUCUAUUCCCUUUAAAUACCUUAAGUAGACUUACACCCUACUCACCUAUGCUGAAGCUGUGAACCUAAUUUAAAAAAAUAUGUAUUUGUCGUAUCUUUUAGCGGAACAAAGUGACGUCAACAGCCAAGACAAGAUACCGCGAGACACAAUUGUAAGGGUGCAUCAGAUCUCGCGAGAUUGUAUUGAAUUGUGAAAAACACUCAUUCGACCUGACUUUUGUUGUGACAAAUGCCACGUUUAAUGACAGAAUAUUUAUAUAAUGAACAACAUAUAUUUGUAUUUGCAUGAAUACAAAUAACCAACACCAAGCAUCACCCGGUCCUGUAGGAGGCGCUGUGGUCAGUAAGCAGUCGUCCAGCGCAAGGCAUUGCGCAUGCGCGCAAACACUAACGUGCGAGGGACUACAGUCAUGGCAUUUAGAUCAUCCGUGUUUAUCACUUUUAAAGAUAUUGAUAAUUUCCUAAUGUAAAUGUCACUAUGGCAACCCCUGCUGCUCACAUGUUCCGAAGAUUGGAGGGUUUGUUUUGUGUUUACAAACCCUCUGGUAUCCCAUGGAAACUCGUGAGGGACACAAUCGAGACCAAGCUCCUUAAAGGUUUAGAUGCGUCGCCUUCGCUGCCUCUUCCUCAGAAGAUCCGCUUUUUGCCACAACCAGACAGCAACAACCUGACACCCAAGGGACUAACAGUAGUCUCUGUACCCGUCCUGUCGGAACACCCUCUGGUAACCGGCCCUGAAUUCAAGCAAAUUCGAGUUGGUGUAGGCCAUCGUUUGGAUACAUUAUCUUCUGGCGUUCUGGUUCUCGGUGUCGGGAAUGCUAACAAAGUGCUGAAUGAGCUCCACAACUACCCAGUGACCAGGGAUUACACACUGGAGGGUGAGUUUGGGACUGCUACAGAUGACUUCUCGCACACAGGACGUGUUGUGGAAAGAUCCACCUAUGAUCAUAUAACGCAAGAUAAGCUGGACAGAGUUUUGGCAAUGCUGCAGGGAGCAAAUCAGAAGGCCUUGUUAACAUACGCCAACGUAGACAUGCGUUCACAGGAAGCCUACGAAAUGGCCGUGCAAGGCUUGCUUGGUCCAGACGGGAAGUCGCCGCCUAUUUUAACGGGCAUAAGAUGCAUUCGUUUCCAGCCUCCCAAAUUCACUCUGGAGGUGCAGUGCCUCAAUGAAACGCAGAAAUACCUCCGCAAAGUGGUGCACGAGAUCGGACUGGAGUUACGCAGCACAGCUGUCUGCAAGGGAGUUCGCCGCACGAGAGACGGCGUCUUCACUCUGCAGGAUGCUCUAACCCGCGACCAGUGGACUCCUGGUGACGUAAUGGGCGCCGUGCGACAGUACCAUGCUGUUAAGAAGAACAAAUUAUCCAAUAGCACAUCAAGGAUACACAAGUACAAAACUCAGGAUCAAAAAGACGAUGACGCCGGAGAAGAAAUGCAUUCAAGUGGAUGAAGCGCUAUGAAAACACGGUUAUGUUGACUGGAAAGGAGACGUGACAGUCCUGAGAUCUGAAUUUGAUCACUAUUUUGCUAUGUUACUGGACGCUGUCUCAACGCUUGCCUGCCAAUGGAGGGCUGAUGAUGUCAUCACAUAGUUGUCAUGCUCUUCAUAGCAUUGAGGGACUUGUUGUCCUAAGUGUGAACACCAUUCUGGAAUUACGCCCAUGAAAAUACAAAAAAAGUGGAAAAACAACGUGCAGAGGUUUAAUAAGCAGUUAGAGAGUUAUUUUGCAACACAAGACAAGUGGAAAAGUACAAUUUACACCACGGUGUCAAUGUUGUCACCUACUUGUUGACCUUAGGGAUGCUCCGACCGGGUGUUUAUGCUCCGAUACCGAUCAUGCAUGAGUAAAAUCGGACCAUCACAGGGAUUAAGUAUACAUUUUUCAAUGUAUUUAUGAUGAGUACUGUUGGCCAGGGGUGCCGUAUAAGCGGGCAGGGGACCCAAAAUGUACUGACUAAUAUUGACUAGUGGCCGACUGAUCGGAGCAUCCCCAGUUGACCUCCGUCUGUAAUAUACAGCGGAUCCCUGCACAUUUAUGAUUCAGAAUUAAUGCAGAUUUUGUUGAAGUAUGAUUAAAAACCUGAAAAUUAUCUCUUCAAUAAGUUGCUGCAUACAAUAAAACGAGCAGAAAUAGCAUCUGAAACACACUCAAGCCAACCCCCUCAUAUCAAGGUAAUGCAGUGUAUCUAAUGAUGUGGCCAGUAAAGCCUCAACAUGUCUUUUUCCAUGCCAAGUAAAACCAUUCCUGAGUUGUACCAUAUUGCACCACUUUACGCGUGUUCAGCAACAUCUCGUUGUUUUCUUGGGAGGCUCUUUGUGUAACACCAAGGUUUCCUCUCGUCCAGCAUCUCUGUGACUCAACAACCUGACGACGACAGCAGACACGCUCUUGAAUAUGAGAUACGUACUUAACGCACUUAAGAGGAUUCAUUACCUGGCAACUGCCUCCAAAGACUGAAUCACGUUGUCGCCGGUGACGGCGCUACACUCAAUGAACUCGGAGUUGAACGUCUAUGAAGACCAAAGUGACCGUGACAUUAAGGGUACAUGUUCAUUAUCUGCCUGGAACAGAUCCAUUACCUUUGCAAAAUUCUGCCCCUCUUCGGUUUUAACACGACGUCCUGCAUGGUCGCUUUUAUUUCCAAGAAGUAAAAUUGGAAUGUUUUUGUCCACAGCCCCCUCCUGCAGACAAAUGGUGGGACACAAGAAGGAAAUACACAGAGUACUUUUCAAUACAUUUUUCAUACUUUUGUUUUUACCAGCCGACCUGCUGCAGAAAAAGUAUCCCCAUUAAGUACAUUUCCCUGCUUUGGAGACCCCCCCAAAAGCUACACUACCAACAAAGCCUUUCUGACUAUUGCGACAGGAGGAACUAAAAUAAACGAGCAAACAACAGUAACCUGAAUGCAGCUUGCCCAGUAGGAGACGGCGGUGAAGCUUUGCGAGGAAGUGAUGUCGUACAUCAGGAGAAAUGCAUGAGCUCUGUGAAAUAUCUGCUUGGUGACACUGUGAAAUCUUUAAAAAGGACAAAUUAAACAAUGUGAAAAGUUAAAACUGCUAUAUCAUUGUACACACACACACAAAAUGAGGAAGACUGCAUUUGUCCUGAGAAAUAGUC